AUGGGUAGGGUAGACCCCGAAACCGGGGAGGCCUUACCUCCUGGCCAGAGGUGCAAACUGUGGCUGCGAGGUCCAACAGUCAUGAAAGGUUAUGUAGGAUAUGACAAGGCAACUGCUGAGACCUUGGACUCAGACGGGUUAAAGGAAUUGAUCAAGUACAAGGCCUAUCAGGUACCCCCAGCUGAUUUGGAACCUAUACUUCAAUCCCAUCCCGACAUUGCCGAUGCCGCUGUGAUUCCAUAUGUAUCUAGUACUAUGACAUUCUUUGCUUGUGAAAAGCUAGUUUCUUUCCAUGCUCUAUGGUAUCCUGAUGAAGAAGCAGGGCAGAUUCCCAUGGCCUAUGUAGUUAGAAAGCCUAGAAGCAAUAUCAAAGAGGCUGCAGUUACGGGUUUUGUUGCAAAACAAGUUGCACCCUACAAGAAGAUUCGACAUGUAUCGUUUAUCAACUCGAUUCCGAAAUCUCCUGCAGGAAAGAUCUUGUGGAGGGAGCUCGUUAGCCAUGCUCUAUCUAGCCGUUCAUCUAAAUUAUGA